UUUCAGUUUCCUUUCUCUGUGUUCCUGAAGCUCCAAACUGCUGAAGACUUUUCUGCUUCCAUUUUGUGCCUGCCUAGCUAUCAGACAAAGCAGCUACUCUCAGCUCCAGCCCUUGUACAGGUUCUACAAACAGAUUGGGAAGUAUGGCAGUGACAACUCAGUUAACAUGGAUGCAAGAAAAGAGUCUGCAAAACUGUUUGGGAGGAAAGCAGUUCAGCCUUCUCUAUAAGGCUAGUGUCCACGGAUUCUUGGAUCAAUAUUUGCUUCAGAGAUGCUCUAAUCAAGGACCUACCAUAACAGUGAUUUAUAGUGAAAAGUAUAUUAUUGGGGCAUAUGUGAAAGACAGUUACGAGAAAAGAAACAAAGGUUCUGUCAUUUUUUUUGCAUUUGAAAGGACACAAAAUUCAGAAUUUGAGAUAAGACUAUUUAAGACAUGUACAAAUGGACAAAGUACGGUUCGUGACUGCAAAAAUACAUUAUACUAUGGCAAUGAUGAUUUAUAUUUAUAUAUAUAUGCGCAGUAUAUAGAGAUGAAGCACAGUACAACGAAAAAAAUUGGACUACCUCCUGGUCAUAUCAGUUUUCAAGAAUGUGAGGUUUUUCGUUGUGAAGAUUUAUUGAACGAAAGAAAGAUAAAUAUGGUCACUGCGCUCAGGGAGAGCUUAUUGUCUGACGUGAGAACUUACAACCCUCGUGGAGGUCUGAUUCACCAAAUACGAAUUCUGCUCCUGGGUCCAAUUGGAGCUGGAAAGUCUAGUUUUAUUAACUCAGUGAAGUCUGUUUUCCGAGGCCAUGUAACUAACCAGUCUGUGAUGGGCUUUGAUACAAAGCAGUUCAGGACAUAUUCCAUUAAGGAUGGGAAAGAUGGAAACCCCUUACCAUUUACUCUGUGUGAUUCAAUGGGGCUGGGUGAAAAACAGCAGGGCCUGUGCAUGCAAGACAUAGUCUACAUUUUAAAAGGCCACAUUCCUGACAGAUACCAGAUCUCAGGGAACGAGACAGAGAUGCCAAAACCAGCCUCCUGGUUAGAAGAGAGAAGCAGUAUACACGCACAAUGCCAACCACCAUUCCACACUGACCAGCACCUAGUGCUCCAGCCUGUUCACUGGGCCGCUGCCCCACCACGGGCCCUACCAGAGGGUACUACUCUUAACCAAAAUUUUAAUUCUGUAAAACCAAUCACACCAAGCCAUCUUAAUUACAUUGACUCCCCGCUGCUGAAGGACAGAAUUCAUUGUGUGGCAUUUGUGUUGAAUGCCAACACUGUUGGAAACCUCUCUUAUGAGAUGGUGGCAAAUAUCAAAAGAAUUCGAAGGGAAGUGAUAAAGUGUGGUGUGGUACAAGUGGCUUUGCUCACUCAUGUGGAGGAUCUGCAUCUGAUUACAAAAGCAGACCUUAUAGACCCAUACAAAUGCAUGCCUGUGAAGUUCAAGGUAGAGGCUGUCCACAGAGAAUUUGGAUUUCCCCUUUCUGACAUCUUGGUGGUUAGCAAUUACACCUCAGAGUGGGAGCUGUGCCUUAUGAAGGAUGUUCUGAUCCUCUCUUCACUGAAGCAGAUGCUGUGGGCUGCAGAUGACUUCUUAGAGGAUUUGCCUCCUGAGGGAACAGAUGGAAUUUUAAAAAGGCCCACCUCCGUCAUUCCUAAUGUUUGAACAUUGCAAGCGGUAGCCCUACACUUUUGUAUCAGGAUGUGCUUCUUUGCUUGGCACCUAGAACUGGAUUGGCUCAGGGCUACUCCUGAUCAGAUGUGGUAUUUAGUUACUUGCUUCUUCCUUGGGACCUUAUGCUUCUGGCUUUUUUGACUUGACUUUUUAGACUCGUCUCCCUCAUCUUAGUCGCUCUUCAUGCAGUAUGGUCAGUGCUAGGUAGAGAGGUGUACUUUUCAUAUUCAUGGCCUAAGAAUUUAGCAAUAUGUACAUUCUCUGUUAUCAAUCUGCAUACAGUACGUGUUGCACUGUUUUGAUUAAAGAUCAGGUAGAAGUUUCAAUCUGUAUUCAUAUCUUACACAAAUAUUCAUGGUAACUUAGCUUUGGAGAAAUCAGAUUAAAAUAUCUUAUCCUCUCCAGUUGUCUCAUACUCUCAAAUUACUAAGAAACUCUCAGAGUUCUAGCUUUUCUGCACUGACUGCCAUCUUGGUUUCUCUGUUUCCUCCUUUCUUCAUGGUGCAUGUUACUCCUGAGGUCAGGAUUUCUUCAGGCCUCCAGAGGCCCAGUCUCCUUCUUUCCUCUGGUUGUAUUAGCCCAAAUAAACCACAAAGAACAUUUUGUUUCUCUUUUGUCAGUGACCAGAAGGAGAAAAUAAUCAAAUGUACAAAAUAUUUCUCAGAGAUCAGAAGAAGGGGGAAAAAAAGAAGAAGAAAAAUAUGUUAGCUUGGGUUACAUGAAUAAUUUUUAUCUCAUCAUCAAAUAGUGAAAUUGAGAAAUGAGAAAACACGGGAAAAACAAAAGUAUUUGCAACUGAAACGGCGCAUUUUAUUUAUGUCUAAGAUGAAGAUACACAUAAAAUCAUAGCACCUGUAAUAACUAAACAACACAAUUUAGUCAUUUAGUAUAAGACACAACCAUCAUUUCUUUUGGAUUUAUACCCUGUAUCUGUGAAAAAAUUAAGUUUCUUCUUAUAAAACCCAAGGUUAACUUUCAUUUUUGAACCCCAAUUCAUUUUAGCCUUAUUCUGAAGGGGUGUGUGUGUGUGUGUGAGAGAGAGAGAGAGAGAGAGAGAGAGAGAGAGACAGAAAAAGAGAGAAAGAAAGAGAGAUUAUGUAUUGUGUGUGUGAGAUUUUGAAUUUUUUUUUUUUAAUAUGGCUUGUCAGUAUCUCUGAUCUGCACCCACUUUAUCUUAAUUUUGCCUUCUUAAUUUGUUUUGAAAGUAUUUUAUUUUAGUUUGUUUGGGUCCCCCCCUAAUGUGGUAGUCUUUAGUCUUAAACCUAGAGCCAUUUUUGUGGAAUAUCUCAACCCCCCUUCCAGGAUGUGACAACUAAUAUUAAUUAAACUUCUGUGAGACUAAAGCUGAAAGGGACUAUAACCUGAUUGCUCUAUCAGUUAAGAGGAUUUAAGUUACCAGCAACAAAACUCAGCCUUAAUUACAGGAAUAAAAAAGAAGGCUACUGUAUUGGAUCAAAUAAACAAUAGAAAGGGCUGGGACUGAGUUGACCUCAGAGAUUAUUGAAUCUAGGAACUCAAAACUAUUAUGUUUCCAUGUCUCUCUCUCUUUCUCUCAUAUUUAGCCAGGGUGAGGGGUGAUUUAUUAUCAGAGAAGAGAGUUAAUCAGGGACAUGGCUAAAAUUGGAUUGACUGAGUCCAAGAGCUUACACACAGUACAAUGUAAUGGGUUGAAUAGUGGCCCUUCAAAAGAUUACAUUCACCCAGAACUUCAGAAUGUGAUCUUUUUUGGAAUAAGAAUCUUUGCAGAUACAAUUAAAGUAAGAAUCUUAAGAUGAGAUCAUCCUGGAUUAGGAUGGGCCCUAAGUCUAGUGACAAGUGCCUUAUAAGAGACAGAAGACACAUAGAGACACAGGGAAGAAGGUCACAUGACCAUAGAGGUGAAGUUUGGAGUUGUGCUGCCACAAACAAAGGCAUGCCAGGAGCCACCAGAAGCUGGAAGAGGCAAGGAAGGAUUUCUGUAGAGCCUUUGGAGGGGGUAUGACCCUGCUGAUACCUUGAUUUCAGACAUUUGGCCUCCAGAAAUUUGAGAGAGUAAAUUUCUGUUGUUUUAAGUCACCAAGUUUGUAGUCAUUUCUUGUGGAAGUCCUAGGAAAUAAACACACACAUAUGGCUGUAAUAGACGCUGUUAGUUCCUUUUGAAGGGCUAUUAUGGAUUGAAUUGUGUCCCCCCAAAAUGUGUGUUGGAAUUCUAACCCCUGUACCUGUGGGUGUAAUUAUGUUUGGAAAUAGGGGCCUUUGUUAUGUUAAUUAGAUCAUACCCUAGCAAGGUGGGUUCCAAAUUUUAUCACUUCUAGAUUAUAAAAAGAGUAGAUUAGACAUAGAAAAAACAAACCUGAUUAGACAUAGAGCGAGCACAAAUUGGGAAGGCAGAUACCAUAUGAGGAUCCUUUACAAGCCACAGAGCCAAGGAAUGCCCAGGGCUACGUACAAGGAUGUUAUUAACCCUGCUGAGACCCUGAUUUGGACUUUUAGCCUCUAGAACUGUGAGAAAAUAAAUUUCUGUUCUUUAAAGUCACCCACUCGUAUAUUUGUUACAGCAACACUAGCUAAGACAAGGGCCUUUGAAAAAUAUUUCAUUCCAUUUACAAAUUUAAUGAAUUAAGGCUAUUCAAUUACUUUAAUUGAAUAUUUUAACUACAUCUGAAAAUUUAAUAUAGUUAACUUCCUGUUUUAGUGAUUCAAAUGUUUGACUUAACCUUUUUUGAGUACUAAAUGAUUCUUGCAGAUCCAAUAUCUUGAACUUAAAAACACAAUAAACCUAAAGUUAUUUUAAAUUUCCCAUAUGUGACUCAAAUUUAUUGUUCAAUUAGAUAUUUUAAAUUAAAGAUGUAAGAAAUUUGACGUGUUGUUGUUAGGUGCCACUGAGGUGGCUCCUACUCAUGGUGACCCCAUAUGUACUGAGGAAAACUGCACUCCAUAGAGUUUUCAAGGCUAUGACUUUUUUUCUGAGGUGCCUCUGGGUGGGUUUGACCACCUUGGCUAAAAAAAAAAAAAACCUAAACUAAAGAGGUCUGCAAAUCCCUGUUAAAAAAAAAAAAGUACCUGUUAGCUUUGAUUAAUUUAAAUGCAACGAGACAGAAGAAGAUUGAAGAAAAGAAUAUGUUUGAUCAAACCAAAACCAAACCCAGUGCCGUUGAGUUGAUUCCAACUCAUAGUGACCCUAUAGUACAGAGUAGAACUGCCCCCAUAGUGUUUCCAAGGAGCGCCUGGAGGAUUCAAACUGCCGACCAUUUGGUUAGCAGCCAUAGCACUUAACCACUAUGCUACCAGGGUUUCCAAAUAUGUUUGAACAGGGUUUUAAAGUUUCCCUGUCCUUUAAGGUGAUGAGAAAAAAAUAUAUGAUUGAUUGGAGGACUGUGAUCUCUUUGCCUGACCCAUGGUGGGGAAACAAAGCCCCCCAUCGCCACCCCAUGAAGAUUGGGAUUGGUUGAGACAGUCAACUGAAAGGACUAUAUGUGGUCUCUCUACCAUGACCGCCUCAGAGAAGUCUGGUUUUGACAUGGUGGCUGGUUUCCUCCACGGUGAACUUCCCAAAAGAACUUGGUGAAAAUUGCAUGUUUUUUUCUACCUACACUUGCACGUUGUAUAGUAUCACUUACGCCACUGUCUAUUGGUCUAUUGGUCGAAGCAAUGAUAAGAUGAUCCAGAUUCAAAGGGAGGGGACAUAAACCGCAACUUUGAGUGGCAGAAGUGUCAAAGAAUUUGUGUGCAUUUUUUGAAAAAAAAAAACUAUCAAUUUUGUUAAAAGUCAACGGUUUGAGGAUGUUGAACAAAAAUUUGGGGACUUACUAGACAUUUGGGUUAUAAUGUGCUUUGAUAGUUUCUAGAGAAUGGGAGGGCAAUGUUAAAGAGACAAAAGUGAAACUCAGAGGGUAUGUUGAGAAUUUGAAACAUUAGGGUUUUGGUGAAACUAUAGAUUGGAAAACAACAUAGUAAAAGAUAUCAUUUGGUGGCAUCACCUAUACUAGAAUGGGUAAUUGAAUAAAUGUGAUGUGUGAAUAGAGAGCUUUUCCAUGCCAGCCUAUGUUUGAAUAUUGGGCGAGUCUACCUUUCACAUCUUUAAAGAGGUCGCUUCAAAUAAGAAUCUUUAGAAUUGCAAAAAUCCUCCUCCACAAUAAAUAUUAAAAAAAAAAAAAUUUUUUUUUUUUUUUUUAAUUAGGCAGGAGGAAAUCCCAAGUGGACAAAAAGAAAGUUUGGUUUUAAUUUAAGAAGUCACUAAGGCAGUGGUGAUUGUCUUACAAAUUUAUUUCACUUUACAGCUGGACUUUGAAGCAAUCAGCUGGCUCCUACAGACUAAUUACUAAUGAUCACAGCUAAAUUAAAGCACUUCUGUUGAAAGACUUCACUGUGCCAGACAUGGUAAAAUUUGAUUAGGAAGUACAAUAGACUAAAAAAAAAAAAAAAAAAAAAACUUUUUUUUUUUUUAGACUAAAGGUUACUGAUAAUUUGUGAUAGAGUUGGCUUAUACUUUCUUUUCCAUUCCAAUAUCAAAAGAAAGCCAGGCUUAAUUUACUUUUUCAUGUAAAGGACAAUGGUAUGCAUUUUCCUUCCUUCCAUAAAGGUACCUGAAUUCUCUAAUACACUGUCAUAACCUAGUAAGACAAGAUUUAUACUUGAUCAUUGUCAACAGCAUAUUGAUUCAUUACAAUUAUACUUCAUCAUUGUUUUCCUAUCAGAAGAAGUACCCAGUGGAGAAAUUAGAACUGUAAUAACUCAUUCAGCUCAAUUUUGGGGAAUAAUUUGGGCUGAGGUCAUAAGAGACUUUCCACAGAUAGUACAGAAUAAGCUAGUAUCUUUUCCAGGCCCUACUAGUAAGAGACACUAGUAAGGCUAUUCUAAUUUUGGAGGGUGCAUAUAUUGUACCUAAGACAUUGUUAGCCUUUGUACCUAAAGUGACCAAAAGGAAAUCUGAAUUUGAAUGGGACUGGGAACAAAAUAGACUUUGAGAUAUUUGCAAAAAAAGGUCUAUAGCUCGAGUAGCACAAUUAAGGCAAUACGAUGCACAAAUUAUUUUGGAAAUAUCCAUUAUGCAGAUACAUGCAGACUGAAGACUCUGGGUGAAGUCUGCACUCGAUGACUAUUGGGAUUUUUGGACUUACAAACCACUUGAUGGCAGCAGCUAGAUAUAGUUGUUCUAGGAGAAAAUUGUUGCCCUGAAACUGGGCUUUGGUGCAGACAACUCCUUUCACUGAAGGGUAUAAUAAAUGUGAGACCCAGGAUACCUAUUAUGUUAUGGAUAAUAUCAGGGAGAUGUUCCAAUAAUGAUGGAUUAUCUCAGUAAAGCUUACUAAUAAAAUGGAAGUGAAACAGUAACUGGUAGUGGCUCUAGGAGUACACAUUGUAUCCACUUGUGUCCUUGCCUUUGGGACAGAUGACAACGCACUAGAAGAAUUUCUAGUAACUAUUUCUUAAAAGUCUGUCCACAUAAUUUUCCUCCUACUAAAACAAUGUAAGUUUCCUGGUUUACUGAUGGAAGUCUCCUAAUUGAGGGAUGUGAUGCUUGUUCAAAUUUUAGUCUCUGUCUUCCUGGAGAUGGUAAAUCCACACAAAAGGACAACAUAUCUGACAGGGCAAAAAAAUUCAGAUUCUCACCUGAAUAAUGUUUGUACAUUUAGAGAUUAAUGUUGUGGUCAAUGACCUUGCAAUUAGUACAAAUGGAAUCUACAUGAUUGUACAAUUAAGACUAUCCAUGUGUAGAGAAUGAAAUUAUGGAAAUGGCUGUGGGAAUUCUGUGGAAGAAUAAAAAUGGGCUAUGUAAAUGACCACCAGAAAAAACUGGUUGCUGGCUCAUAAGGGGUUAGUAUACAAAGGCUGAUGUACUGGUCUAUUCCCUGAAUGUAUCCAUUUGGAUACAUGAAAUAAACUGGCAUGUGUUAUUCAAGCUAUACAGCAUUGGGUGGAACAAUGACAUAUUACUUCACUGAAACUGAUCAUGUGGUAACACACUAUCCAAAAUGGUAACAGGGAAAAAGUUUCCUAAUGAUGGCUUUGGGAAAAAUUCUUCAAGGGCAAGAAAUGGCAGGUAUACUACAAAACCAACAGAACCAAACCCACUGCCGUUGAGUCAAUUCCGACUCAUACUGACCAUAUAGGACAGAGUAGAACUGCACCAUAGAAUUUCCAAGGAGUACCUGGUGGAUUCGAGCUGCUGACCUCUUGGUUAGCUGCCAUAGCACUUAACCACUAUGCCACCAGGUAUACUACACAAGACCUUUAAUGAUAGCCCCAGGUGGCUUCAACUGAGUCCUGAUUGAGAUAAAUACAUACUAGUCUUUGAUUUUACUUGUCCUUUGUCCAUAGAAAUGGCUAAGGACAGUAUCAAAGAUUUGGGACAGCCUGAGUCAACUCACUCUCCUAGCUUAUAUUUCAUCAGACCAAGGUAUCUAUUUCACUGUUGCCAAUGUACAAACACCAGCUAAGAGGCCUGACUUUACAUGGACUUAUAAAAUUCCAUACUAGUCAUAUAGUAGUAGUUUGAUUAAGAACUGGUAUGGGCGAUUAAAAUAUUUAUUGAUAAGGGAAGAGCCAAGGUGGUGGACUAGGACUAGUCAGACACACAAAGCCAUCCUGCUGCGACAAAGGCCCCCCCCGCAAAAAAAAAAAAAAAAAAAACAAGUAAAA